AUGAAUUCAGCUUCUGUGACACUUGCUAGUGCCCUGCAAGUCCGGGGUGAAGCUCUGUCUGAAGAGGAAAUCUGGUCCCUCUUGUCACUGGCUGCUGAGCGGCUCCUGGAAGACCUCCGUAAUGAUUCCUCGGACUAUGUGGUCUGCCCCUGGUCACUCCUGCUUUCUGCAGCUGGAAGUCUUUCUUUCCAAGACCACGUUUCUCACAUAGAGGCUGCGCCAUUCAAGGCUCCUGAACUGCUACGGGGACCAAAUGAGGAUGAGCAGCCCGAAGCAUCCCAGAUGCAUGUCUAUUCCUUAGGGAUGACUCUCUACUGGUCAGCGGGGUUUCGUGUUCCACCAAACCAGCCCCUGCAGCUUCGAGAACCUGUACAUGCCCUCCUGCUGGCCAUGUGUGAAGACCAGCCUCGAAGACGGCGGCCACUGCAGGCCGUUCUGGAAGCCUGCCGGGUUCAUCAGGAAGAAGUGGCAGUGUACCCAGCCCCUGCCAGUCUCCACAUCAGCCGGCUGGUGGGCUUGGUGCUGGGCACCAUCUCCGAGGUGGAGAGAAGAGUUAUAGAGGAAGGUGCCUGUGAGCAGCAGAGCAGAAGCUACUUUCUCAGGAGCAAGCUGCAUCGGGCUGGCAGUGAGAGCCCUGGAACUCGGGCCUCUGAUGGUCUGCAGCCUCGAAGAGUUUCAGAGAGAAGCACAGAGACACAGAGCUCCUCGGAGCGACGCGGGAGCACCACAGCACACAGUCGGUGCAGCUUCGUUAAUGGUGCUUUUGCAGGUGCGGGUCCCUGUGACUGUGAGGAAGGCCUGCCGUGUGGCUCGGGGCCUAUACUCUUGGCGGAAGCAGAAAAUUCACAGCCAGCAACAUCUUCUCCAAGGAAUUUCCUACAAAGAAAGGGAAAGUUCUCCAGACCAGAGUUCAUCCUGUUGGCCGGCGAGGCCCCGGUGACCCUACAUUUGCCUGGAUCCAUUGUGACCAAAAAAGGGAAAUCCUACUUGGCUCUCAGAGACCUCUGUGUGGUCUUGCUGAGUGGACAGUGUCUGGAGGUGAAGUGUGACAUGGAGUCCACAGCAGGAGCUGUCUUCAAUGCUGUCAUGUCCUUCGUCAACCUUGGAGAGACCACCUACUUCGGUUUGGCUUAUGUGAAAGGCGAAGAGUUCUUUUUCCUGGACAAGGACACCAGAUUGUGCAAAGUCGCCCCAGAAGGCUGGAAAGAACAGCACCCGAAAGGUUCCAUGGAUACUUUGACUCUCUUCCUGCGGAUAAAGUUCUUUGUCAGUCACUAUGGGCUGCUCCGGCACAGCCGGACAAGGCAUCAGUUUUACCUGCAGCUUCGGAAAGACAUUUUAGAAGAGAGGCUGUACUGCAAUGACGAGACCCUGCUGCAGCUGGGGGUGCUUGCCCUGCAGGCUGAGUUCGGCAGUUAUCCUAAGGAGCAGGUGGAGAGUAAACCAUAUUUCCGAAUUCAAGAUUACAUCCCGGCAAGGCUUAUUGAGCGAAUGACAGCAAUCCGGGCCCAAGUAGAAAUCUCCGAGAUGCACCGGCUCAGCUCUGCACCUUGGGGAGAAGAUGCUGAGCUGGAGUUCUUAGAGGUUGUUCAGCAACUCCCAGAAUAUGGAGUCCUAGUUCAUCGAGUUUUUCCAGAGAAGAAGAGACCAGAAGGGAAAAUGGCCUUGGGAGUCUGUGCCAAAGGUAUCAUAGUCUACGAGGUGAAGAGCAGCCGCAGGAUCGCGACAUCACAGUUUCCGUGGAGAGAAACCGGGAUGAUUUCAACUCAUAAAAAAAAGCUCACCAUCACCAGCAGCAUCACCGGAAAAAAGUACACCUUUGUCACCGACUCAGCCAAGACCUGUAAAUAUUUGCUGAGCCUCUGCUCUGCCCAGCACUGGUUUAAUGCACAGAUGAGCUCUGGGCAGCCUCCUCAUCUUCUAAGUGAUCAGUUUAAGUUUGUACAAAUAGCCAACUUGAAUUCUGCACACCAGACACAGACCAACCCUCUCACUUGGGUUCAGAAACUGUCAUCCUCGGAAAACGAACUGUGUGUACCCAGGUUACAGAAUGCCAUGGGAGGCCGACUGAGCACAUCCGUGGAGAGCAUGCAAGGCAGCAAGAAGAUCGGGAUGGAGGGAAUCAGAAACAGCCCUUACAUUGGCCAAGAGCAGCUGGACAGCGUCAGUUUGAUCCAAAAGCCAACUCAGAAUCUCUCUGGGACAGCUGUUCAGAGCAUGCGCACAGAGUCACAGAAUAGCUGGAGGAAGAGCUGUGCGGAAGAACCCAACCCAGACAUCGUGUGUGUGACAUUGAAGCGUGAUCCACAUCGUGGUUUUGGUUUUGUCAUUAACGAGGGAGAAGAAGCAGACCAAGCAAAGCCAGGCAUUUUCAUAUCUUCCCUUAUACCUGGGGGACCAGCAGAAAAGGCUAAAAAGAUCAAACCAGGAGGGAAGAUACUAGCCUUGAAUCACAUCAGCCUGGAGGGCUUCACAUUCAACAUGGCUGUUAGAAUGAUCCAGAAUUCUCCUGACAACAUAGAAUUAAUCAUCUCUCAGUCAAAAGGUGUUUGUGGAAACAGCUCCAGUGAAGAAAAGAACAGCACAACAAGUUCUGGCAUGUUCUGUACAGACAUCCUGAGCAAUGGGCACCAGGGAAGAGAGUCAGCACACACAUAUGACCAGGACAGAAAUGUCAGAGGACCGGAAUUGGCUCAGGCCGCUGGCUAUUGUCCUCCAUCACCUCUAGAAACCAACGCUGGUGAAAUCUACUUCGUGGAGCUCGUUAAAGAAGAUGGAACACUUGGAUUCAGCGUGACUGGUGGCAUUAAUACAAGUGUACCUCAUGGAGGAAUCUUCGUGAAAUCCAUCAUUCCCGGAGGCCCGGCUGCCAAGGAAGGACAGAUCCGACAGGGUGACCGGCUCCUGCAGGUGGAUGGAGUGAGUCUAAGUGGCCUCACUCACAAGCAGGCUGUGCAGUAUCUCAAGGGUCCUGGGCAGGUGGCACGGCUGGUCUUGGAGAGGAGAGGCCCCAGGGCUGCACCACAGUGUCCUUCUGAUGAUGACAGGAUGGGAGAUGAGCACGUGGCCGUUUCCCUGGUAACAGCCAGGUCUGGCAGACCUGCCAUCUCAGUGAUGGAUGGUCCUAAGUUUGAAGUCAAACUGAAGAAGAAUAGCAGUGGUUUGGGGUUCAGUUUCGUGAAGAUGGAGAGAGGAAACUGCAGCCACCUCAAGAGCGACCUUGUAAGGAUUAAGAGGCUCUUUCCUGGGCAGCCAGCUGAAGAGCACGGAGCCAUUGCGGCUGGUGACGUGAUCCUGGCAGUGAAUGGAAAGUCCAUAGAAGGCCUCGCCUUCCAGGAAGUGCUCCAUUUACUGCGUGGGGCUCCAGAGGAAGUGACUCUCCUCCUCUGCCGACCCCCUCCUGGGACACUACCUGAGUUGGAGCAGGGAUGGCAGACCCCUGAACUAUCAGCAGACCAAAGAUUCGCCAUGGCAACGUGCACUGAAUCAGAGCAGAGCCCUGGCCUAGAUCAACAGGACAGCUGGAGGGACCUUGCUUCCCUGGACACGGGGGAAGGCCUGGCUCCCAGGCCAGCAUCUUCCUACAAGGCUGUCAGAGAGGUGAAAGGGGACCAAAAGAGGCAGGGAGCCUGGGCCAGGUCCUUGAUGCACCCCAUGGAAUCCCAUCCUCACGUGUGCAAACUCCACCAGGAAGCAGAGGCCCCAGCGUUGGCUACUUCUUUGGAAAAGGAUAUGAGACAGAACUGCUAUUCUGUGUGUGAUAUCAGGAGACUGGGAAGAUUUUCCUUCUCAUCUUCUCUAACCAGAUUAGCAACAGAUAUUUUCUGA